AUGGGCCAAGCUGCUUUGCUGCCAUGGUCGUCACCCCAGGACACACUUUUCCUGCAAAAUGCAGCUGCCAGUACGGCAGCCUGGGGCGUUGCCGAGCUGAGCUUCCAUCGCUUGCCAGACUGUUCGGAUGCCGCCAUGCUGUUCGCGCAUCCAGGCAUCUCAGGUUCUUUGACUGGAUAUGAUGAAGCAAACGCCUUCAGCAGUUCUGGCAUUCCCUGGGUAUCCUCCUGCUCUGCCUGCACAUCUGGCCAGGCCUUGAUCGGCGUGGUUGGUGUGUGCCGGCCGGAGGAGGUGCGCUGUGUGAAGUUGCAACAGUGCACGGAGAAUCGGAACUCCUACGGCUGCCCGGCCGCCGCGGGACGCAUGGACCGUGUGACACUGCUGGCGAAGGGAGAGCAUGUCUUCACCUGGAACUUCAUGCAGGGCCAGACUUCCUCAGUCCUGCCUGCCCUCGAGCUAGAAGUGCUUACAAUUCCCAGCAGGCGCCGCAGAGCAACAAUGUCAGCAUUCGUGGAUGUGUCUUACCAGGUCCAGGCCGAUGCAGAAGUGAACCCUGGUUUCAGCUCGCGCUGA